AUGAGUAAAGCUUUGAGCUUUGCAUUUGAGAGUAUCUCUGGAGAGAAUUUGAGUGAAACAUCUAUGGAGAAGUUUGAUUAUCAUCAUUGUUGGAACUUUACUGAAGGCUCAGCCUCGACCUCAACCACCCACGAUGAGUUAUUACAACCAGCAACAGCCACCGGUCGGAGUUCCACCCCCGCAGGGUUAUCCGCCGGAGGGCUACGGAAAGGAGGGAUAUCCUCCGCCGGGGUAUCCGCCGCCGGGAUAUCCACCACAGCCAGGAUAUCCUCCGCCACCGUACCCAGCGCAGGGGUAUCCGCCGCCCUACGCACCUCAGUACGCUCAGCCUCCGCCUCAUCAACACAAUUCAUCGGGUCCUGGUUGCUUGGAAGGCUGUUUGGCUGCUCUCUGCUGCUGCUGCCUGUUGGAUGCGUGCUUCUGAGAAGACAUUACACUCGCACAAAUCGGAUUGAAGUGUGUUUUAGAAUUCAGCUCUAUGAAAAUUGUUUCUAGUUCUUCUUCCCCUCCUCCUCCCUCUGUUGACUGUUUAUUUUUAUAAAUGUUAAAUAAUAUGAACUAUUGCUUCCGAAGGUCAAACUGCCUCGUUCAUGUUAACGACGAGUUUAGAACUUCCUAUGGUCCGCUUCCACCACACUCCGUUAUUGAAGCAUAAAUAAUGAGCGGCUGAAAUAAAACAC